AUGUCUCAAUCUAAGUCUGUAACACAAAUCAGGCAUUAUAGAAUUAAAAAGGCGAAUGAAAAAUACUACAUCAGCAGUACCAAACUCUUUCCGUCGCUACAUGAGUUGGUCAAACAUCACUCAGUUGAAUAUGGCAGUUUAUGUACAACAUUAAGUCGAUCUUGUGGGUCGAGAAGGAAAAUCCUUAUUCUACCUCCUAUUCCUGAGAAUCCUAACUUUAAAUCUUGGGAAAUCUCUCACAAAUCUAUUAAGCUAGUUGAAAAACUUGGCCAAGGAGCAUUUGGAAUGGGACGAUACGUGUCGCUGUAA